AUGGCAUUCUCUAGACUACAACAUGUUGAAGCAACAGCAGGAACAUGUGUUGUAGUCAUUUACUGUAAGCACUAUGGUCAUCCUCUACGAGCAAUCAUUGAUUCACCAGCUGAUGAAACAUUGGAUUGGUUUGAUCCUUGUUUAACAAAUGCAAUGAUUGCUUUAAAAAAACUAUUCAAAAAUCCAAACAAUUUAGAGUAUUCCUAUUUUAGAAUUGGGGAAAACCUUUCCAAACUAUCACCAAUUUCAAAUCAUGGAGCCAACCAAAAUGUAAAAGUCCAAAGUUAUUCAGACGUAUCAAGUGAUUCUGUUAAUUCAAUUGCUUGUAGACGUCGUCGUGGAUGUUGUGGUGGUAACAACAUUGAUAUCGAUAUUGAUAUUGAUAUUUGUAUCGACAAUGGAUUUGGUGGUCGUCUUAGUGGAUGGUGGUAA